AUGUUAAGUGCUAAACUACGCUUUCUACGUGGAUUGGCUCCCGUCAGCUUUGAUGACUCGAUUCUCCAAUGUUCUACCUUACAAAAUAAGUAUGAAGUACCGAAAAAUCUCCAGUCAAAUUUUGUUGCCUCAGAAAAAUUAUAUUCUCGACAUUUGCUACACUUACAGGAAGCAUAUCUCAAUAGAUUUCCAUUCACUAUUGCUAAUCCCGCUGUUACCGAAUUAGUCUCUUGUAAGGGCUCUACUUUCGUGUGUCGUAACAAGCCCAUAGAAACAAAAAAUCAAAGUUGUCAGACUGAAACACUUGAUACCGAAACAAACUUAGAAGCUUUAUCUACAAAAGUAGAUCAAAUCUUUCACAAGUUAAACUGUCAUGCACUGAAAUCUAUUUCAGAAAGCAAGAUAAAACACUUCCCCAAAUUGUGGUUGGAUUUAGGGGAAUUAAACUAUUCACCAGCGCAGUAUAAUCUAGGCGUAUGGUACGAAAAGCAAGCAUCUGAGUGCCUGUCUCUUCAGGAUGGUCUGAAGCGACAUUAUAACAAACAAGCGGGUCAUUGGUACAGUUGUGCUGUUCGAGGAGAUUCCCAUCCACUGGCUGCCUAUAAUUUAGCAUGUCUUAUUCUGGAUUCUGAAGAACCCAUAAUCCAUUCGAACUCGUCAGAUAAACCUUCCACAUUUACAGUCACAAAUCUAAUGAAACUGGCUGCUGAUGGUAAUGUCAAACGGUUAGUCACUUUUUUUAUCACAAGCUUAUAUACUCAGCAUAAGGACUCGCUGUUACAGCAUGUACUUUAUUGUCAUGAUUCUAGUUUACAAAUAUUAUCAGCCUUAAUUCUUUAAAAUUACUUCGGACUUUAUUAGUUAUUUUGUUUAUGACCGUACAUGCUUUCAAAAAGACAUCCGCCAACUAAAUCAAGUAAGAUAACCCAAGAUAAAUCGAUUUAUAUUGAUCAGCAUUUGGUUUUUGCGCCGUCUUCCUGAACCUAGUGAUGAACAGAUGGUCUAAAUAUUUAUCCAGCUUACAUAUUUUCUCCAUGAUGAGCUAUUUCCUCACAUAAAUUCUAUUCAGUCAAUUUUCAUUUAUUUCAAGGAUACUGAUGUACAAAGUAUAAGAUAAACUGGUAAUUAGUGUUAUAACUGAAAUGGCGAUCGUGAUUGAUGUGUUUUUUUUAACUCAUCUAUGUAAAAAUUUAGUAUUAUUUUGAAAUAAAUGGAUCAUCUUCUUAGUUUCCAGGACUGGGUAUUUUAAACUCCCACUAGUGCGUACACGUCCAACUAUGCUAACAUCCAGUAAUAAAAAUAAAAUAGAGAACUAUCGUAUCUGGAAUUUCGAUUUUCCCUGAUAUGAACUGCUAGUUGAUGGAUAAGGUAUUUUCCUACCCCAGAUUUUGAUUUAUGCGAUUACGUGAUCCAAAUCCCACUGUAUAUUUAUUCCUGCCUUCAACCAAUCAACGUGAAUUACUCGACAGUUUUCUUGUGUUGAAAUUUUAGGUUCUAAUUUUUACCGGUGUAAACCACAUUCACUUUUUAAUCAUCAUCAAAACUGAGUCAUAUUAUAGAUCUUUUGGGAAACAUUUUACCGGAGUAAAAUGUUCAUUAUUUUGAUAGAUUUUAUGUCCUUGCCAAAUUAUAAGAAACAUUUCAUUCUUUCUUUAUUCAGGCAAAGAAAUACUUAUCGGAA